AUGCUAUUCACCCUGACCCCCUCUCCCUCGAUCGGCCAAUCCGACUCGGCCUCCUGUCCGGAUCUGCCACAUGGUCCCGUAGAUCCAUUCCUGAUCUUUCUGGUCCUAGAAGCACGUAAACUGCCACCUCACCGAGCAGAGCGCCGAGGCUCAGAUUCCCAUGAUUGCAGUUUGCUGCGGAGAAUGGUAAGGUUCAUUGAUGAUGUCGGCGAAACGUCUGAGAAUGUACAAGUCCACGAUCAGAUAACUACUGUAGCAAAGGACUUUGGACAAGGGGCUUUUGACCGAUACACAGUGACCUCUCAAGCGCUUCAAAUGUCCUCGCCUGUUGCUGGGGUCAAGGCGAGUCCCGUUGGCCGGUCCGGGGCUAUUGCUGGUGGCAGCGGUGGUGUCUCUCGAUUCUCUGGUCCGAUGACACGGAUUCCAGAAUUUCAGACGACGGCGUUGACCUCCGGCUACCUCGAAUACCCGACAGAAGGAUCCACAACCACGCCCACAGCAAGGGGUGGAGGUUCUUUUGGCGGAGGAGAUGACUUUUUUCGAGGUGGUUACGGCCAACCGAUAGAACAGCGUAUCGGCUCUGGCACCUUCGAGGGGACUAGCGAGUUUGGUGGGCAUGGUGAUGAACCUUGGCCACCGACAGUAGGCUCGGGAGGAAGAAGAGUGCGUGGUCAGCCCCGAGGGAGUCGACAGCACCAUUGGCACCAGUCACAGCAGCACCUUGUGGCGCGAUAUCGGUGA